GGCCUGCCAGUGUUUAUGUGAUUGUCAGGUUUUGCCUCGAAACCGUCACGUACACACUUUUACCCUUCCGCGCUGUCCAACUACCCUGCGCCACCUUUCACCCACCGUGAAGGAUCAUUCAAUGCUUGAAUGUGCUUUUACUCACCGGCUAACGAGCCUCUCCUCGUCGAUACCUAUUUCUUUCUACGGUACUGCUCAUCACGAGCUUUUCUCAAAUUUGCCGCUUGUAUCGUUAUCAUUAUUGAUUGCUUUUCUGCACGGCUUUCCACGCUUGGUCGAUGGUGUAGGACGCUUAUUAUGCAGGCGCCUAGCUGUUCUAAUUCAAAAUCAACGUUCACGGGUGGACACAUGAGUACUGAUGUAUCGGGCAUGACAUACACCGUCUACCAUCUCAGGUCAAGUGUAGGAAAAAUGUCUCACUUCCUGUUCGCUCCCCUCAAUUUGGGCGCUGAUGUUAGUGAUAUACGCUCCCUCGCACGGCUAGCCUGUCGUAACAUCUUCAGGGCGACCCUCACCAAUUUGUGCAUUCCUGGCAACGACUGUGGUGACCGCCAGUGGUAUCAGGAUCUGUUCUCGCUAAUAUGUGCAUUCCAGGCGACAAUGUGGAGCACCGUGACUUGUCCGCUCUCACCAAGCUUCUGCUAUCGUUCCACCGCGGAAUAUAUAUUACGUUGUUGCUGCUCAUGCCAGUGAAAGUUUGGAAGCUAGAAUGCUUGUGUGUCUGGCUCCCUAUAAGAGCACGCCAGC